GCUCCACGUCCAUCAUGUCUAAACUAACCAAAAUAAACGAGGCUCACUCGCCCUUCAGGAAGCUCACCUAUGUGCUGUUUUGCCUCAGCCAAUCAAUUUCAGGUUUAAUUGGUUGGGAAACAGAAAAAAAACAAAGAACAGAACAAAAAUGCAGCAAAGGGCUUUAAAGUUCUGAUCUUGAUCCACCUGUAAGGAAACCGUUUUUGACUGUAUUCAUCCAAAGACUUUCCUGUAGAGGUUCUGGAGUUCCUCACGCAGGAAUUCAAUGGCUGAACCAUAAAAAAACCUGGUUGUCCCUGUUCCCAUCAGGGCCUCUGAGCAAUGUGAUUAUGCCCGUCAUGUGAUCUCCCACUGGUUGAUGAAAGAGGCUCUUCUCUGUGAAAUCCCAGCAGUUCUCCGUCUGCAGGGAAAGAAAGAGGAUCCUCUUCAGAUAAGGUCACUCUACGGCCUGAAUCUUUAUCCUGACGAGAAGCAGGAACAGGGAUUCUGCCGAUGGAUCACUGUAGCCGAAACCCAGCGGUGGCCUUUCACUGGCUUUCUUUUGCAUAUCAGGGCCUCACUGACAUUCCAUAUGAUGCCAUUCUGACACAGGAAGAUGCCCUGGAGGUGUUGGACCUGAGCUACAACCUGCUGGAUGAGAACCCGGCUCUGCUGGGGCGGCUGGAGAGGCUCAGCACUCUCAUUCUGGACUCCAACCGCUACACCUCUCACGUCAAGUUUCCAUACAUGCCAAGUGUCACCACAGUGUGCAUCAACAAGAACAGGAUCAACAACCUGCCUCUGUUUGUGGAGGAGAUCAGGAGGAAGUUUCCCAGCAUCCGAAUCCUCAGUAUGAUGAACAAUGAGGCGGCGCCGAGUUAUUUUAACGGAGGAAGCCUGGCGCAGCACAUCGACUACAGACAGUAUGUGAUCAGUCAGAUCCCAAGCCUGGAAAUUCUGGAUGACACAGAGGUUCUGGAGGAGGAGCGAGUCCAGGCCAGGAGGACGUACAGGCUUCAGCGAGGAGGCCUGAGCGGCAGGAAGAAGGACGACUCCUCCAGGAAACACAUCCAAGGACGACCAAACAGCAUCAGAAGACAAUAACUUCAUGUUUUUUCUUCACUUUCCUUAUGAAACACUCAUUUAGUCUUUUGUAUCUACUUCAGCUCCAUUUUAAGACUGUGUGGAGGUGAACACAAACUGUAAUAACACCGCCUAAUUAAAGAUCAAAGGAUUUUGUAAAGGUUUGAAAGAUCUGGGCAUCGCCGACCAAAGCAAAGUCCUGAUGCAGCCCGGCUUCAUGACCGGUCUUUGUUCCUCUUUUUUAUCAUUUGUUCUGUUGCAUAAAUCUCUUCAUUUUACAUGUUAGAGACCCGGCUCACCUACACCAAAGUCCUCCAAAACUCUAGAAAACCUCUGUGAAAAGUUAGAAACAUGUAAACUCAGAUUCAUCUGGGAAAGUCAACACAGAUUCAGCAGCAUGGGCUCCUUAAAAAGCUAAUUAAAAAUCCAUCGUUAAAGAGUUUUGGGGGUGGACCUGAAAAGACGUUUGACUCCAUCAAUCAACCUUUGCCGUCAGAAAAACUGGAUCUUCGUGGCAUUAGGGAUUAAGGUCGGAUAGAAAACUCAAAUAAAUGAAUUUUUAAAUGUAUUUCGUGGUGUUCCUCAAGGGUCAGUGAUGGGCCCCAAACCUUUUUGCAACAGGGGCGUACAGCAGCUUUACUACGUUUUCUAAUCUGAUUGUCACAAAUUAAAAUGCGGAGAGACACUGAAAAUAGUGUAACCCAGAGUUUAGAUAAAACCAGGUAUAUAAUGUUUGGUGGUUGCAACAUUUCUACUACAGAUCUGUGAGGUUUUUAUAGAAGGAGUCACUGAAACUGAAUUUUGAUGACAUGAUUGUUGGAAAUCCCAUUUAAAACAUAAUAAAAUAUCAAGAAGUAUCCGUUCUUCCCAAAACCAGAUUGGACAUGAUGUCACUUCACAUGCUGAACCUCGUCUGUUUUUUCAUUUCAUAGACUCAAAGCUAUUGCUAACUGUUUAGAAGGCUCAGCUUGUAUUGCUCAUGGCGCUUCUCUGUCUCUCCUGAGAGGGUCUCAUAUUUAGGAAAUUCCAUCCCUGCAAAUUGAAAGUCUAACCCCAGGGUGCAGUCUGGAAACACAGCGCUGUCGAGGGGCCGGAUCAGUGACACGGCGUCCUUCUGCAGGAGAAGAAGGCUCUGACGCAUUCAGCACUCCGGGAAAUCAGCCAGAAGAAAAGGAAACAAACAUUUGCUCACGCCAGCUUCUCCCUGACAGCAACUGCAGAAAACCACUGUUAGUUUCUGAAAGCGCCUGAACAAGCAAACAACAGCUCCAACUUUCUUUGUGUUCUUGAACCACCAAUGUUUUUGUUUAAAGCAAAGUCGUGGAUCAGAACGUCAACUGAAGGCUGCGUCCUGUACAGGAAGUCGAGCACAAAGAGCUUAGGGAAGGCAGGACAUUCUGGACCUGGAGAUCCCAGCGACCUACUUGGAGAGCUUUCUUCAGGGCUCCAUCUGGGACAAGGUCCAGCAAACCUCCGUCUGAGAAAAAUGAUACUGAAGAACAAUGGUUUGGAAGUCUUUUUUCUGUUUGCAAUAAAAAACAGUGUCUGGCUU